UCACUCUCUCCUCCGACGGCUUUCGAUUCUUCAAGAAGCUCUUCUACUCUGGAGCUCGCUCCUUCGUUUCCGCAACAAGUUCCAAGGCUGAUUUCCAGUGCAAGUAACAUAUCAACAUCUUCUUCUAAUGGAGCUCACAAUGUUGUGGACCGGAGCUUAGAAGAGCAGCUUCAACAAGCGAUGGCAACCUUAAAAAAAGAGGCACUCGUUCGUCAAAGAGCAGAGGGAUAUAUGAUUGACGCUAUACAGAGAGUAAGCCUUUUAGUUACGAGUGCAUUAGAAAUAAAGAAAGAAAGAAUGAAUGAAGACGAUGAACUUCUUCAACUCUGCCCAAGAUGCAGAGAAUCAGAGAGACAUAUGCAUAGAAGAACUCCGAAUUUUCAAAGAACAGGAAACAUCAUUAAAGAGACAAAUUGCAGAGUUACAAAGAGAAAGGGAUGAGUUGCAGAUGGAGCGUGAUCAUGCACAGAAAGAAGCUGAAGGGCUAAAAAAAAAAGGAGAGGGCUCAAGUGGACACAUGCUCGAGCUGCCUGAAUUCUCGCUUUCUAAAAUUGCAGAAGCUACUCAAGACUUCAAUGAAUCCCAAAAAAUUGGACAAGGAGGAUAUGGCAACAUUUAUAUAGGUCGCAUACAAACUGAGGUAGCUAUAAAGAUGUUACAUUCUCAAGGCUCCCAAGGCUCCCAAGAGUUCCAAAUGGAGGUUGGAGUAUUGGGUCAGUUGAGGCACCCCAAUCUUGUGAAACUCAUUGGAUCUUGCCCUGAAGCUUUUGCACUCAUCUAUGAAUAUCUUCCUAAUGGAAGUCUUGAAGAUCGACUCAAAUGCAAGGACAACAGUCCUCCAUUGUCAUGGCAAACUCGACUACGGAUCGCUAUAGAGUUAUGCUCCGUCCUCGUGUAUCUUCAUUCUAGUACUCGACCUCACACCAUAGUGCAUGGAGAUUUGAAACCAGCCAAUAUUCUCCUUGAUUCCAACUUUGUAUGUAAACUUAGUGACUUUGGAAUUUGCCGUGUGUUAAGCCGUGAUCAAACUUCAAGUGACAGUAUAACACUGAGUCGUAACACUGUCCCAAAGGGAACUUUGCCUUACUUAGAUCCUGAAUUUCUUCAAAGCGGAAUUCUUACUGUGAAGUCAGAUGUUUACUCCUUUGGAAUCAUAUUACUGCAAUUGUUGACAGGGAAAUCACCACCCUACUUUAUAGUAGAUGAAGUCAACUCUUCCUUACUUGCAGGCAAUUUUGAAUCCCUUUUGGAUCCUUCGGCUGGACAUUGGCCAUUUGAGGUUGCUCAAUCUUUGGUUGAAAUUGCACUGAUGUGUUCUGACAAUAACAGAAAAAGGAGACCAGAUCUUGGGUCGGGUGUCUUGGAGCUACUCGAAUCACUAAGGGAUCCAACAGGAGGUACUUGAAAGGAUCAUCACCCAAGUUGGAGCUUGGCUAUAAAUUGUUAAAUGUUCUGUGAUUUGAUUAAUUGUCAAGUAUUUUAGCAGGAAUAUGGAUGUUUUGAGUGGUACUUGUAAGUGAGAGUCUAUUCUAAAACUCCAUUGAACUUAUGAUCAGUUGCUUGAAUAGUCUUUUUUCUUUUGCAAAAUAUUUUUGGAUGGUAUUGCAAUACAAUAAGCCAGAAAUCUU